ACCUAGUAGCCCAUGUUCCUCCCAUGCAGCAAUGCAGGCUGGGUAAUCCUCAAUUACAUUUCUGAACAGGUAAUCAGUAACCCGUAAUGGAAUACAUUUUUAAAAUAACUCUUCUUUUUUUCUGGAGAUGCACAGAUGCAUAUUUAGAAGCAUAUUUUCUUCUUACAAGCCAAAAAGACAUGAUGAGCUGAGGUAUUUAAAUUGCUCUUGGUUGGUUAAUUGUGAAAAGCUAUACAUUUAGAUAAUGAAACUAAUCAUGCUAUUGGGGUGGAAUAAUUAGGAUUGCAGCUGUAUAAGAACUUUAAGUUUUAAAAUGUUUUUUUAUUUUUAUUAGUCAAAUGCUUUUUUAUGUUAAAGGUCAUCUACAGCUUCACACAGGGUGCUGUGAAUUCUCACAGCUCUAACUGGAGGCUAAAGGCUGGUGAUUGUGGUGAUGUCUGGGUUAACACCCCUAGAAGAACAUUCCACUCAACAUCACAACUUUAUAUAGAAGUAGAUGAUAAGUACUGUAUGUGUGUGUGUGUGUGUGUGUGUGUGUGUGUGUGCUCCCACCAGUACUGUGAUGUACAUUUAGUGUUGCUGAUGUUUCUGAACAAUUCUGAAAAUGACAAACUCCAAAACAUUGCCCUUAACCAAACAUGUGCUACAUCAUCAUAAAUAAAAUAAUAAAAAUAUAUAUAGUACAUUUUUUUUGCUUUUUCUGUGUGACAAAUUUCUGAAUCCAGGGUUUCAGUAUCAAAAUUGCAUUUGGGAAGAGUGAAAAUAUAAUUCCAACACUAUAAAUAAUAAUACCUCUGAUUAACAGGUUCUGUUUUGGAGGAUUAGUUUAGGUAUGGAAAUCAACAGUAAUAUAUAUUUUCACAGCUGCUGUGAACUGUUUGUAUAUUUUAUACUCUCCUGCAGCAGCUGAUUGGCCCACAGUCUCUCACAGGUUCUCCCCACAACCUCUCCUGCUGUAUAUAAACAGGGUGGUCCUCUAGAUCAGACUCAUCAUCAUCUCCCAGAGAAGAUCUCCACCUCCAAAUUCUCCAUCUCAGAGUUCUGCACUUCUCUGGCUCAGCAGAAGAUUGAGAGAAAGACGUAGCAAAUAGGAGGACAUCUGCUCUUUUGAAUCUAAAUGGCUAAAGAAAACAAACUCCAGAAAGUUCUGGAGAACCUGAAUGCAGAAGAUCUGGCUAGUUUCCGGACACACCUUGUGCAGGGGGUGGUGGACAACUUUCCUGCUGUACCUGAGUGCCAACUGCAGGAUGCAGACCUGCAGGCAACUGCCAGCCAGAUGGUGCAGGUCUAUGGAGUAAAGGAUGCAGUGAAGAUAUGCGAGACUGCCCUGAGAGUCAUGAACCAUAGCUAUCUGGCUGAAACUCUGGCUGGAAUUAAAGGAUCUCUUCGACCAGGGUUUCCCUAUGAGCAGGUCCUGUACGAUGGACUCAGGAAUCAGACGGUCAUCACCAUCCAAGGACAAGUCAAGCCAAAUGCUGACCGAUUUCAUAUAAACCUACACAAAGACAAUGAUAUAGCCUUUCAUUUCAACCCCCGAUUUAAUGAGAACGGGAAUCAGGUGAUCGUGAGGAACAGCAAAAGGAGAUAUUUUUGGGAAGCUGAGGAAAGAGAACUGUGCUUCUUUCCUUUCACACCUGGAAAACCUUUUCAGCUGAAGAUUCUCUGCACCGAUUCUGAAUACAGAGUGGAAGUGGACAAGGAGCACCUGUUGAAUUUCACUCAUCGCAUCAAAGAAAUACAUCAGAUUAGAAAACUCACUGUCAAAGGAGAUGUCUUCGUCCAGCAUGUGACCAUCGAUCCAAUUCCUCUCUGGAUGACUGCACCGUCUGCAUAUAUUCUGAAUGAUGUGAUCUCUGAGAACAUGACCAUCAACAUCCCUCUGCAUGUCAAACCCAACGCUGAAAAGUUUGCGAUCGAUGUGAUGAAGAAUGAGGACAUUUUCUUCCAUUUGAAACCAUAUUUCUUUGACGAUGGGAAACUCUGCAUUGUGAGGAACAGUCUGAUUGAUGGAUUUUGGGGCUGUGAGGAACGAGAAACUCCCUCCUUCCCGUUUGCACGUGGAAAAUCUUUCCUGGUGAAGAUCUUGUGCACAGACAAGGAGUUUAGAGUGUAUGUUGACAGGACCCACCUGCUAGACUUCGCAUACAGAGGGUUCGACAUCACCAAGAUCGAUAAAGUCGUAAUCUGUGAGGAUGUCAUCGCCUGGGGUGUCCGGGUACGGCCAUCAAGAAUGUGUUGAAGGACCUGGAAAUCAUCAGACCCUUAUCUGGGUUUCCUGGAUUCAGACUUAACCACUCUUUUAAACUUUCUUUCCUCUUCUAAUACCAAUAAUCAUGAGAUUAGGCACUGACCAUAAGCACCGCAAAUUAGAAUUAUGAAAAAAUGGACGAAUGUUCUCUCAAAAUUAUUAAAGCCUUCAUUUUAAGCGUCAGUAGUUCUUAGUAGAGCACACUUCUGCUGUUCUGAUCUGCUGCUAAUGUGAUUUACAGACAGGUAACAGCUUCUGUUAGUGUUCCUGAUGAAUCUUAGGCCAGUUCUCGUGAACAGUGCUCCUCAGUUCACUGAUCUUCUUGGCUUUACUGCUGCAGCCGCCUCCAGAAUCUUCCAGGACUUCUUCUCUAACCAAGCCUUGAUGAACUUCAAGGGAUGCUGCCAGUGGGUUAAAGCACAUUUUUCAUCGUUUUUUUUUUUUUUUUAGUAUUUGCUCAAUCGCAUAAUCUCAAAACAAGUGAAGUAAGACUCUAAUCAAGCAUUUUUUUGCCUCAAAUUUAGAAAAAAGAAUUAGAAUAACUUGACUGCAAUAAAAAUUCUAAGUAAGACUAAAGCUUACAGUGUGCUAAACUUCUAUUUCCUCACUUUCAUAUCUUCUUUCUUGUUCCUGUUUCUGCAUCAACAAAACUGUUUUUGUCUGACUGUUCUCUGAAUAAAUCGGACAAAAGCUA